AUGGGGCUCUUCUGUGUGAAAAAGGAAGAAAGUAAGAUGGAUCCACUGUUCCUGGGUUUGAGUUGCUAUCGUCGGAGGAAGCACAAGGAAGCUGCAGCCAUAUGCACCGAGAUCUUGGAGAAAAAUCCAUAUGAUCAGUCGGCAUGGCUCUUGAAAUGCCAAUCCUUGGUAGCACAAGUAUAUGUAGAUGAGAUAGAAGUGGAAGAGGAGGGGAUAGCAGAAGCCCUGAUGGAUGACAACGCCAUUGCACAAGUUCCUCGCCCUGGAACUUCCCUCAAGUCUGCUCACCUUGCUGAUUCCUCCAUGAAGUCAAUCAGGUCUAUUCUCAUUCUAUCUUUCUCUAACUCUACUAAUUGUGAAUUCUUUUGGGGAAUACUGGAAGCCUGUGUGUACAAAGUGAAAAUCAGGGACACAGAACUUCUCAAACAAUGUAUUCGAAACAUUUGUAAGACCAUUGACAAGAACCAGGAACUGCUUUGCAGUGUGCAAAUGUGA